AUGAGCGUUGCGGUUGAUGUUAAUGCCACGCAUGCGCAUCUGACAAAUCUUUACAAGUAUACUUUGUACGAGAUAUAUGUCACAGUGCGGACGAGAUGGAACGGACCGAAAAGUGAGACAAUCACUGUUUCUACCGAUGAAGGAGUACCAGACCUCCCUCCCGCAGACGUAACGGCCAAGCGGCUGGGCAAGACGGACAUCAAAGUACGCUGGGGUUUAGUGCCUCCAGGUUUUCGGUGUGGCAUCAUAACAGGAUAUAGGAUCACUUACAACUCCAGUCAAUCAAAAACCAGUUCUAUUGACGUCCCAAGUGACGCUUCAGAAGUCAUUCUAACGUCACUCGCAAAAUUUACCUUCUAUUUCGUGUACGUUCAAGCUCAUACCAUCAAAGGAAAUGGCCCGGCUCAUUAUCUGAAGGUUGCUACUGACAUGGGAGUUCCUAAUCAGGGACCCCCAGGCCUUACAGCAGACAAUCGGAAGACAACUCACUCAGUCAUGAUUAGAUGGCAGCCAUUACCGCCAUCAGAUGACUACGGAGUCCUAGCUGGGUACCGGGUUCGGUAUCAACUGGCGAAACUCGGAGACAUAGCUGUCUCGGAAAAAACAUGUCGUUGCAAUAAGCGCCUCACAACAAACUGGCGCCAAUUGCCGCCUUACGUCAGUGAAAACAAUGCGGACCUACCCCUCCCUGAUGGAAUUCUGUCUUCUCUCAUAAGUAAGAUGGCAGUCACGUGUUGUCAGUCUUGCGAAACUCACGGAGAGUCGUUCCUCGACUUCAGUCUUGAUGGCGACAAGGGAAACUCUAAGAAACCCAGCGAUGCAGCUUUGAGGGAAGCCAUCUCCGAGAAAACUGAGUUUCAUUUUCCUAUGCCGGGAUCCAUGGAUCAAGAGAAGUUCGGCGCGGAACAUGGGUAUUGGCCGUUGGUCCAGACCCCGGGUGUGGCUUACAUCGUGAACACUGGAGACAGUUACACGCCGUCAGACGCACUAAAUGAUACCUUAUUUGAGUGCUGGGCAGCUUUGCUUUUAGUUUUUGCGACUUCCCUGCUGGCAGGAUUUAUUAUGUGGAUUCUGGAAAGCGUGGAAAAUCGGGACCAGUUUCCACGAUCUAUAACGCGGGGGCCUGGUGAGGGCUUCUGGUGGGCAUUUGUCACCAUGACAACAGUUGGCUAUGGUGAUAGAUACGCUGUCUCCCCUGUAGCUAGAAUAUUCACCGUUCUAUGGAUGUUAAUUGGCUUGGCUACUCAGAGUCUGUUCGUUGCCACGGUAACAAUGUCGUUAGUUUCCAAGUCCCUAGACGCUGACUAUAAACUCUACGGAAACAAGGUUGCUGCAAUUCAAGACUCCUUUGAAUAUCGUUUUGGUUUAAGACGGAACGCUCUGGUUAAUCCAGAUAACCAGUACACAACUUAUGAAGAGAUUGCCAAUGCGUUGUUAGACGGCGAAGUGACAGGAGCCCUGAUCGAUGCAUUCGUUCUUGGUAACAGGAAGGAUUUGUUUGAAAAUCCCUCUCUUCGAAUCAUCAAGGUCUUUGACUAUUCCUCAGCUUACGGACUGGUGCUUAGCGGUGAAGCUAAAAAGCUGAGAACGUGCUUUGGAAAAUUUGCACAAAGCCACAAGAAAGAAAUUUUUCAAAUCAUAGAGAGUCAUGUUGAGUCUGUAGAGGAAUCCUCGAUACCACUUGCAGUGGAAAGAACUACAGGGUUGUUUGAUAUCGAGAGUUCAAUGUUCCAAGCAACUCUUAUUUCAUCGUCCGUUUUGUUGCUGGUGUUUCUCGUAGAAGGACUUGUGUGGGAGUUGGCGAAGAGGUUAAAAAUUAGACGAACAGUGGCAACCGAUAGAGAUCGUUUGAAGCUGUUAAUGCAGAAUACAAAGAGCGAAAUGAAUGGCACUGUGGAAGGUUUUACGACGGAAAUAAAAGCUGUAGUAGAAGAACUGAAAUCUAAACAUUCGGAACAGAAAAGAAAUCUUAUAAAGACACUUAAGUCAAAGCAACAGAAGGGCAUAUCUUAUAAACUUAACGCACACUUUGCGGGAGAAUCUAAGAGCUAACCGAUGUCUAGCUGUCUGGGUCUUGUCUAGCUCGCUCAGCUAUGUUUGCUGAGAAAUAGUUCGCUUCAUUCUUUUUGUAACCACUCACCAAGUGUGGAACUUCAGAACUCAAUCAA